AUGGAUGCAAAUGGGGCUUCACAGGUCGUUGGAGCUCUUGAAGUGAUUUACGAUGUGAAUUCGGCUAAUUCGCGGCGCCUGGAAGCUCAGAAAUUUCUCGAUCAAGUAAAAUCGCGAGAGGAGGCACCUCUUUGGGGAUAUGAGAUCGCACACAACAAUUCUACGAACUAUAUUCUCAAGCAUUUUGGACUAGGAUUGAUUGCACAUGCCAUCAAGCAUAAUUGGUCUGAUUACACCGAGGAUCGACGUGUGGCCGUGAGAAAAUGGGUUGUCGAGCUGAACUAUGACGUUCAGCCGGAUGAUCCCCGGUAUAUCAAAGCGAAACUCGCAUUUUUGUGGGUUGAAGUCGCGAAACGUGUGUGGGGAGAAAUGCUGAGAGAAGACAAUGUGUCGGAAGCCGGGUUGCUCAAUUCCUGGGCAGACAUGGAUGCCAACCUUGUUCAACUUUGGCAAAUGAACGAAGCCUCUCGUGAACUCACUCUGAUCAUUUUCCGCACGCUUUUCGAAGACGUGUUUUUGCUUGAGGAUAUGACAGUUUUGAAACGGAUAUCUGUGAUCCAACCCCUAUGUGUGAUGAUCGUUAGCCCGAUAGACGUUUUUUCGGCACGCUAUAAAUUCACUGAAAAGUGGACUAUGUUCAAGGCCAACCCUGACGGUUGGUUCAGCCAAUGGAUCAGUGAAUUGAGAUCAGCUCUCAAAAAUGGCAACGCUGUCUAUGUCACCAGACUUUUAGAAACUUUGAAGACAUCUCUCAACUGGCCGCUCAGUGAAAUCAUGAUUACCAAUGAUGUCUCGACCUUGCUACUAGAGUGCCUUCUCAGUGACAUUCCUAAGGCCCAGUCAAUGGCUUUAGACUCUUUGCAUAUCCUCUUAACGCGUCCUUACAACGAGGAUUCACAUUAUCAGUCAGUUAUCAAUACAGUCUUCAGUAGCAUGCCUCUGCUGAACAAAGUUUACGACAGUCUACAGUUCGAUCCCAGCGAGGUUGACGAAACAAAAUACCCUAUUGUAAAGAAAUUUGUCGACAUGAUCAGCUGCCUCUACACAUGUGUUUUCAAAAUAGAUAACACAGAUGGUCAAAUUGAGCAGUAUUUGAGGCUAGUGCUAAGGACUACCUCUAACCCCAGUUUAAUAGUUAGUGGAUUAACUUUAGACCUUUGGUGCUCUUGUCUAAGAAAUGACGAUUUUCUACCGCUACUAGAGAAAUUUGUAAUACCGGAAUUGCUCCAAUUCUCGGCUGAUGCUCUGGUAUACUAUGAACAGAUCGAUAAUCAUGUCUCCAAAAAUUUCGCCGAGAGCGAUUUUCAGUCGAAUUCGGAAUUCCAAUCUUUUUGUUCCACCUACAGAAAAAGAAUUCGAGACAUAAUAAGGCUAAUUUCUUGCGUUCAAAUCGAUUUCGCAUACGAUUGGCUCAAUAUUCGAUUGAACACGUUUUUUGGAUCCUCCUAUGGACAAGAGGUUUUGAAAUCUUCAUUUUUGGAUCACAAGAGCGAACCAUAUUUGAGCGCCUUGUCACACUUGAUGGUCGUGGAAUGUUUCAUCAAUGGGUGCAUACGUUGGAAAAUAUGGUUUCCUGAAAGCUCGGCCUACGACACUAAAUUAAACGAAAUCUUAACCAAACUUGAAACUUUGUCCGAUCAACUUAUCGCUUUAAACUUGCGAGAACCACUGCUGUUGAAGAAGCAGAUUCAAAACUUCGCAUUAUUUUUGACGAUGUUGAAAGAUAACGUCUUACUGAAGUUGCUUGAGAAAAUCAUCACAAGCGCUACUUUAGAAUACCCUGAAGUGGAUUUAGAAGACAAAAAUGAGCAAUCAGACUCGGUCAGAGAUCUGCGUUAUGCAUGUGGCAUUGAGCUCAACAGAAUGGCGAUUUUGAUGCCUGAUUCUUUGAGCAAAAUUUACGACGAUUUAAAAAAUGUGGUGGGAAGCAUCAUGCCAAGACUUUCCUAUCACGAAAGCAUUUCUUUCAAGUCAUUCCUUUUAACAAUUGUUUUGAAGUCAUCGUUAGAUGAGAAGGAGGCCAAUUUUGCGGCUUUAGUAGAUCCAGAACUUGCUGCGUGGUCAAACAAAGAUACUGUAGUGGGUUUAACAGAUUUGCCUUGGUUUAUGGAAAGGUUGGGAAUUGUUCAAAUCGCAGAGUAUUUCCAAAAACGGGAUAUACACGCUGAUAGCGAUCUUUUGAGUAUCCAAAUAGACGACGAAGGAAAAGCCUUGAAAAAUGAGCUUGCCAAGCGUUGGCAGACUUUAUUCCCUGUGCGCGCUACGAGGAUGUUUGUUCACUACUCCAUGCAAAGCAUUAAAUCCGAGAAAGAGUUUGAGAUGCUUCAAACACUUUGGAAGCCCAGAAUUGUACCCAUUUUACCUUACAUUUUGAGAUUGUUGUACCAAUUGCAGUCAUAUCACGACUCCGAUAAUUGGAAAGAGCUUCCAGUAGUAGUUCAAUCCUUUGUCAAAUGCUCCACUAUCGAGCGAUUCUGGGAAGCAGGUGCUUCUAAUAAAUCUAAGGAUGAGUUUAUUGAUGAGCAUAUGAAGGCGAUGCAAACUGUACGUGAUUUCGCAGAUUCUGUCGGCCACAUUGUAAGAUAUACCCGGGAGUAUGUUUUAUUGGUUCUAAGUGCUAUCUCUAGUCUUGGAAGCAUCCUGUAUGACAUCAAAGAGUUUCCCGAACUAAUUAUAGGGUCUAUUGCCAUUUUCAAGCCCGGAACUGAAGAUAUAAGUCCCGGAGUCUCGGCACACGGAUGGAAACAUAUCAUUAAUGUGGCCAUUAGACCUCUUUUGAAAAAUUGUCCGGAGUCCUCUGCAGCUACGUUUAUGCCUGCAUUUUUGCCUCGACUUUUCGAGACUUUGGACAUCAUAUUAUGCAAGCGAUGGGCCGUUUACAUGAACAAUAUAGACGUCAAUCCCCCUCCCACAGACGAAGAUGAGAUGACCGAAGAAAUCCUAGAAGAGAAUCUUUUGAGGCAACUGACCACCGUAGUUGUACGUCUUCUCAUCGAUUGCAUAGGCCAAGUUAGCGGGAGUUCGCAAGCUUCGAAUAUGAAGCUGACCUCGCAUCAAAUAAAGAUGAGAAAGAUGAUCUUUGGCGACAUUAAUAUUUUGGCACCAUUUUUAAAACUUUUGAAUCAUCUAAUGUCCUUCAGAGACAGCAAGUGCUCAUUCAAUUCCAUUUUGGUCAUGAAGAGUUGCCUUGCAGACACUCUAAUCAAACAUGAGAAAGUUGACGAGUUCUUCACCGUGGAUGUCAUGCCUAAUCUACUUUUCAAUAUUUUAAGCCAAAGCGCUUUCAAAGAUUCCCUAUAUGAGGGUCUUUAUGUGUUCACCGUCAUUUUUUUGACACUUUGCAAAGAAUACAAGACUUCCAGAGACUAUCUAUACCAAUUAUCUCAUGGGUUCGAUGUGGAAUCACUUUACGAAAAUGUGAGAAACGUCGAGAGUUACAAGAAUCAAAGAGCCUUGAUGAUAGAAUUCAUUGAUUGGAUCAAAACCGUUAAAGGCACCAAAGAUGAUCAUGAAGAUGAAGAUGACAGAAAGCAUCACGAAAGAAGACAAGCCGUUUUACGACGAGCAAAUGAGCGACUCAUUAGGAAAAACAAAGAUCAAGGCGACAUCUUAGAUGAUCCAAACACGGAGGACGGCGCUUUCGCAACCUUGUUCAAAAACGACUGA